UUCUUGGUUACCGCAUUAGUAUCAAACCCACAACUGGGCAGGUCGGCAAAACUUCGAGCUCCGGACGGCAGUAUCUUAUCUAAAAAACAGGACACUUCUGAAGAUUCUCGGCUUAUCAACUUAAAUUUGCUGAUUUGAUAAAACAAUGGAAGGAAAAACUACCUACCCCCAACAGGCCACCGCCCUGAGGCAGACUGGUCACGUGAUGCUGAAGGGCCGUCCCUGUAAGAUCACGGCGAUAACUACAACCACAGAAGGGAAACAUGGCAGUAGCAAGGUUGCCAUAUUUGGAGUUGACCUCUUCACUGGUGACAAGUACGAGGUUAUAGUUCCCAGCACCCAUGACUGUGACGUUCCAAAUGUCAAGCACAUUGAAUAUACGUUGAUUGAUAUUCAGGAUGGCUUCAGGAUGCGCCUCAUGGACGAGAACGGAGAUAUGAAAGAAGACCUAAAGGUACCAGAGGGCGAUCUUCGCAACGAGAUACAAAGUCGGUUUGAUAAUGGAGACGAAUUAACGAUUACUGUUUUGUCCGCCUGUGGUGAGGAGAAGGUCUUUGCCAUCAAGAAGAUAGCUAAAAAAGACUAGCGUUGAUUCCCAAAGGGCAAAUUUGAGUAUUUCCGGACAGGUGCAGAUGAACCACUUUCAGCCUACUCAAAAUGAUUAGGUACCCUUGGCAAAAGUGCCUGUAGAGAAAUAUUUUUCUUGAGAUAUGUUUGGAUUUUGGAGGUGCAUAUUAUUGGUAAGGGUUUUAGCUUCUAUGUUGUGUUAGAAAAACAGAUUUUUAGUGAUAUUUGUGGUUGCAGUAGGCUUUAGAAGUUAGGUGUUUUGGUGCUUUUUAAAGGCAGUGAAAAGGGAUGAAAAGGUCACCACCUAUGUUUUGAUGGCGUAUAUUAUAAUUCCGCCUUAAUUUUUUCAUUUUUUUGUCGUCCAACUACCCUUUAGAGGACGGACAACCAUGCAAAUGUGAGGUUUUUUUUGACAGCCUCUUUCUGCCAUGUUUCCCAUUGAUAAGAAUAGGAAGUCUAAAUACCGAAAUUUACCCCGAAAGAGCACAAAACUAGCCCGUAGACUACGGGGGGGGGGGGGUCCAUUUGUUUUCCAAAGGGAUCAAAACAUAAUUGGGAUUGGUGUAGAAUCUGUACUAUUAUCUGCAAUGUGGCGACUACUUUAACGAAGUAUUUCAUGGUCUUAUUAUUGACAUAAAAUAGUUUUGAUUUUUUCGUGGUGAUGGAUACUUCGGUAAUAGGGAGUUUUGUUAUUAAAAUCACUGAUCGAUAUUUUUAAGCAGUGUAUUUAGUGCUAUUGAUCGAUAUUUUUAACUAGUGUAACGCUAGAUGUAUUUUAUCCAUCUUGGUCAUCAGCAAAAUGUUACUUAACUAUUGACGAUUUCAACGACAAACUGUAACGUUCAACACGCAAUUCAGCCCUUGGCUGCAAUGUGGCAAAACUGUUACAUCCGAAUAAACCAUUAUUAUUCUAUAAUAUAGUUUUACGUCGAUUAAGGUUAGACAUCCAGGAAAUAAUCUACGCCAAAACGCAGUUACUCAAGCAGCUGGAUAUGGUUUUGGAAACGGUUAGACGUUUCAGAUAGUAUCCACUAUCUUUCGUCAGAUGGUUAAUGUCAUCUGAAAUAUCUGACCGUUUCCGGAACGAUAUCCAUUACGUUGCUUGAGUAGCUGUUUUUUGGCGUUUCUGGAGUUUUACUUACUGAAUAAUCAUCAAUCUGUGUCCGUUGUGAGACAAACUUGUCUAUUUACCUCAAGAAUGUACCACACAGAAAUACAAUAAAGCACAUAAAUCACAA